AAGGACAUGAAAUGGCACAGUGAGCUGGCUAAGUUAGACUAAAUCUGAAACCACUCAAGUGGCAACUUAAGUAAAUAACCAAAGAAGCAAGCCCUAAAAGCAUAGGAUACCAAACCAUUCGUAGACUCAGUUUGUUUACAACAACGUCAAUCUCAUCUCCAACUCUCUCAAAUAUCUGACCCAACUAAGACUGAAUCUCCUUAAAUUGAAUUUCAAAAAUCCCCACAUGAAUCUCCGACUUUUUCUCUUCUAUUUCAUCAUCAAUUAAAUCCAUUUGCAGCAAAACCUAUUUUCAUUCACCAUGUAUUCCCCUUUCAGAAAAGUUAAAAAGGGGGAAACGGAUGGACAUGGCAGAAGCAAAUCCAUGUGGAAAAUCUUCAGUUACAGGUCUUCUUCUUCCUCCUCCAAGUUUGAUAAAAAUGACCCACCAAAAGAACUCCUCUGCCCCAUUUAUGGGUCUUUAAUGUUUGAUCCAGUUGUGGUUUCCUCUGGCCAGACUUUCGAGCGCACUUCUGUUCAAGUCUGUAAGGAUUUAGGGUUCAAACCCGAACUUCCUAACGGCUUAAACCCUGAUUUCUCUAACGUGAUUCCAAAUUUAGCUUUGAGGACAACGAUUCUUAGCUGGUGUGAAAAGUCAGGUGCGGAGAAACCUCAGCCACCCAAUUACUACGCCGUUGAGUCCGUUGUUCGUGCUUCCAUGUCUUCUACUUCUUCUUCUGCUUCGACUACCAUCAAAGAAGAUCCUGGAAUACGGGUUUCCGAGAGGGAAUUGCUCAAGGGGGUUGCGGAAAAUCCACCUGUGCUUCUCUCUCACGCUGCCUCAGAACUGAAAUCAAAGAAUAAUCAUCAUUUUUACUCUCCUUCGAGCUCAGAAGAAUCUGUUAUCGCCAACAACUCACCGUUACUCCCUUUUACUACUCGUCCUUCCUGCUAUUCCUCUUCGUCAUCGCAAUCAACCUCGUCGGACGUUAUCUCAGAUGAGGUUCCAUCUUCUGUUUCCACAUCAUCGGAAGUUGAUUAUUAUGUUGCUCAGUUCAAGAAACAGGACGUUUAUGACCAGGAACAAGCUGUAAUUUCCUUAAGAAAAAGCACAAGAACAGACGAGGAAGCUAGGGUUUCACUGUGCACGCCGCGGCUUUUAUCGGCUCUCAAGCCGCUGUUACUCUCGAGGUACGCUGGAGUUCAAACAAACUCCGUUGCUGCAUUGGUCAACAUCUCGCUUGCAGAAGUCAACAAAGUGAAAAUCGUUAGGGCAGGGAUUACUCCUCUGUUAAUUGAUGUUUUAAAAGGCGGCUUCGAGGAAUCCCAGGAACACGCAGCCGGCGCGUUAUUCAGCUUGGCUUUAGAAGAUGACAACAAGACAGCUAUUGGAGUGUUAGGCGCGUUGCGGCCGUUGUUACACGCGCUGAGGUCGGGGACCGAGCGAACUCGUCAUGACUCAGCAUUGGCUCUUUAUCAUUUGACCUUAGUUCAAAGUAACCGAGUUAAGCUCGUUAAACUCGGGGCUGUGAAUACGCUUCUAGGAAUGCUCAAAACCCGCGAUAUGGCGGGGAGAGUUGUGUUGGUGGUGUGCAAUUUGGCGGUAUGUCAAGAGGGGAAAACAGCGUUGCUAGACUCAAACGGGGUGGAUGUACUGGUGGGGAUACUGAGAAAUGGGAAUGAAUUGGAGGAGUCGACUCGGGAGAAUUGCGUGGCAGCUCUAUACUCAUUGAGUCAUGGGAGUUUGAGGUUCAAGGGGUUAGCGAAAGAGGCGAAGGCAGUGGAAGUAUUGGAAAUGGUGGUGGAGGGAGGAAGCGAACGGGCAAGGGAGAAAGCGAAGAGGAUGUUGUAUGCAAUGCGAAGAAGGGUGAAGGGGGAGGAUGAGGAUGAGGAUGAAGAAGAGGUGGAUUGGGAAGGAGUAUUGGAAGGACGAGUCAGUCAGACUCGGUACCGAGUUGGAAGAACUACUCGCAAUCGCAACUCAACCGAGUUUUGAAUUAUGGUAAAAGUAAAAAAAAAGGUGUAAUUAUCAGUUAUUUUGGGGUUUGGGACUCUUUAUCAUGUUCAUGGUUAAAAUCUUCUUUUGACUAGCUUUUGAUUUGCUGAAUUGGGUACUAGCUCUUCUUUUCUUUGUUCUAGGUUUGAUUGUAGUUACUUAAGAAUGUAAUUUUGAUUACAAUUGUGAUUAUUAUGUAAAUAACCACUUAGAAUUUAAGGAGUGGAAAAUGUAAUUUUGGUUUAGAGUCUUUUUUAUUUUUAUAUAGUAUUGUACUUUGUAGUUUGUUGAACAGCGGCAAUCAAAGACGACUGAUUAGGACCAA